AUGUCUGAUCAAAAGGAAUUCCUUAGCCUUAAGAAGACCUUCUUUUACAAUUUCUUUCCAUCAAAAGAAGAAGAAGAAGCUUGCAAACUUAACAACACUCCACAUGUAGUGACUCGAGAACUAAUUGAGAUUAGGGAUAUAUAUCCUCCCCCAAAAAUCGAUCUGGAAAACCCAUGGCAGAUCAAGAUAAAGAUUACCAGUUAUGAGGUUGAGGCAGGAGCCCUGUUGAUUCCAUAUAUCGAGACGUUUGAGUACAUUCUUCGAUACUGGACACUGGACCUAGCCAAAAUUUUGGUGAACGGAUGCGGGGUGUGUGUUCAAGUGUGGGAUGUAACAGCAGAUAGUGCUCCUAAGAAGUAUGAAGGUGAGCGUGUUUACUUAUGGAAGCUGUGCAACGAUGACUAUGCUCUUUCGUGCAUUGAAUUGUUCAACAGUAGCAGAUUGGCGGUUGGUGAUGAAAUUGGGCUGUUUUGGGAUCCUAGAUCUUCAAAUUUUAUGUUCAAAUUACUAUCUCAAGUUAAAGGUCCUACAAUUUAG